GUGCGGUCCUCCUCCUCAGUUGCAGCCUACAAUUCAAGUGUGCACCGGGAAAAACAUGAUAAGAAGGCUAUCUGGACAGUGAAUAUGGGAAACAAAACCUUACAGGCAUACAAAGGAUCCUAGAAUGGAAAAAUCUGAUCAAAUCUUUUGAUCAGUGACAACUUCAAGUGGAGUGUGUGGUUGUGUUGUUUCUUUUUCUCACCACAAUGUGUGAGGGAUGGAUAUGGGUCGGAUGCCAGUUUAUUUUCGUUACGGAUACAAGGACUGGCAGGUUAUCAGCAUGAAUUACUGAGGGGAAAAAAGAAAAAUAAAUUUGCCAUAAAUGUUAAAUUCAGCUCUGGAGGAAUGACCAUGGUGAAAAGGAAGGGACUGUUAUUUUCACUGCUGUACUUUAUGGCAGAGUUUUGGCUCACUUCGCAGCAAGUCCUGAGAAUUGGGGGCAUCUUUGAGACUCUUGAAAAUGAACCCAUUAGUGUUGAAGAACUGGCCUUUAAAUUUGCCGUAACUAACAUAAACAGGAACCGGACCUUAAUGCCAAACACCACGCUGACCUAUGACAUCCAGAGAAUAAACUUAUUCGACAGUUUUGAGGCUUCAAGAAGAGCCUGUGACCAGUUGGCGCUGGGCGUCGGUGCUGUUUUUGGACCCUCUCACAGCUCAUCGGUCAGCGCUGUCCAGUCUAUCUGUAAUGCCCUGGAAGUCCCUCACAUCCAGACACGCUGGAAACACCCAUCAGUGGACAACAAAGACAGCUUCUACAUUAACCUCUAUCCUGAAUAUGCCUCUAUAAGCAGAGCUGUGUUGGACAUAGUGCAAUUCUACAAGUGGAAGACGGUUACUGUGGUCUAUGAGGAUGCAACUGGCCUGAUUCGUCUGCAAGAGUUGAUCAAAGCUCCAUCCAGAUACAGCAUUAAAAUAAAGAUCCGGCAGCUGCCCACAGGAAGUAAAGAUGCCCGUCCCCUGCUGAAGGAAAUGAAGAAAGGGAAGGAGUUCUAUGUCAUCUUUGACUGCUCUUACCAAACAUCAGCUGAUGUUCUCAAGCAGAUUCUGUCCAUGGGAAUGAUGACUGAAUAUUACCACUUUUUCUUCACCACACUGGACCUGUUUGCCCUUGAUUUGGAGCCGUACCGCUAUAGCGGGGUCAACAUGACGGGGUUCAGAUUGCUAAACAUAGACAAUCCUCAUGUGGCUUCGGUGGUCGAGAGAUGGGCCAUGGAGCGACUGCAGGCACCCUCCAAAGCCGAGACUGGAAUGAUGGAGGGGAUGAUGACAACUGAAGCAGCUCUGAUGUACGACGCCGUCUACAUGGUGGCUGCUGCCUCACAACGCACCUCUCAGAUCACUGUCAGCUCCCUUCAGUGCCACCGACACAAACCCUGGCGCUUUGGAUCACGCUUCAUGAGCAUGCUCAAAGAUGCACAGUGGAACGGCUUGACAGGACAAAUAAUUAUAAACAAGACAGACGGUCUGAGGAAAGAAUUUGAUUUAGAUGUCAUCAGCCUAAAGGAGGACGGCUUGGAGAAGACUAACACAGGCAACAACCGCUUGAAUAAAGUGUGGAAAAAGAUUGGUGUGUGGAACUCCCAAACAGGCCUUAAUUUAACAGAAAUUAACAAGGAUUCAUCCACAAAUGUAACAGACUCAAUGGCCAAUAGGACCCUUAUUGUCACUACUAUUCUGGAAAAUCCUUAUGUCAUGUAUAAGAAAUCUGACAAGCCGCUUUAUGGAAAUGACCGCUUUGAGGGUUACUGUCUCGACCUGCUCAAAGAGCUCUCUAACAUUUUGGGCUUCUCUUACGAAGUAAAGUUGGUGUCAGAUGGCAAAUAUGGAGCUCAGAACGACAAAGGGGAGUGGAAUGGCAUGGUGCGGGAACUCAUUGAUCAUGUGGCUGACCUUGCUGUGGCCCCUCUCACUAUCACAUAUGUCAGGGAAAAAGUUAUUGAUUUCUCGAAGCCAUUCAUGACGCUGGGAAUCAGCAUCCUCUACCACAAACCCAACGGCACAAAUCCAGGAGUCUUCUCCUUCCUUAACCCACUCUCUCCUGAUAUCUGGAUGUACGUGUUGUUGGCAUGCCUUGGUGUCAGCUGUGUGCUUUUUGUUAUUGCCAGGUUUACUCCUUAUGAGUGGUACAACCCUCACCCCUGCAACCCAGACUCGGAUGUGGUUGAAAACAAUUUCACUCUAAUAAACAGUGUCUGGUUUGGAGUCGGCGCACUUAUGCAGCAAGGAUCUGAACUGAUGCCUAAGGCUCUCUCUACAAGGAUAGUUGGUGGGAUAUGGUGGUUCUUUACCCUGAUCAUUAUCUCUUCAUACACUGCCAACUUGGCCGCCUUCCUCACAGUGGAAAGAAUGGACUCGCCAAUUGACUCUGCUGAUGAUUUGGCCAAGCAAACCAAAAUAGAGUAUGGUGCCGUAAGAGAUGGCUCCACCAUGACCUUUUUUAAGAAAUCUAAAAUCUCUACUUAUGAGAAAAUGUGGGCUUUCAUGAGCAGCAGGAAAAACACAGCAUUAGUGAAAAACAACCGUGAAGGGAUUCAAAGAGUCCUCACUACAGAUUAUGCCCUCUUGAUGGAGUCGACCAGCAUCGAGUACAUCAGCCAGCGCAACUGCAACCUCACACAGAUUGGAGGCUUGAUAGAUUCAAAGGGCUAUGGUGUUGGAACCCCAAUUGGCUCUCCUUACCGAGAUAAGGUCACCAUUGCAAUCCUGCAGCUUCAAGAAGAAGGGAAGCUGCACAUGAUGAAGGAGAAGUGGUGGAGAGGGAAUGGCUGCCCAGAAGAGGAUAGCAAAGAGGCUAGUGCCCUGGGCGUGGAGAACAUAGGGGGAAUCUUUAUUGUAUUGGCAGCUGGACUAGUCCUCUCAGUUUUUGUAGCAAUUGGCGAGUUUAUUUACAAAUCCAGAAAAAACUUGGACAUCGAGGAGGUGAGCGUCGGCCAGUGUGAAUGGCACAACAAGUAUUAACAAAGACUGUUAUGACCAUACUACACGUUUGUGUUGUCGUUCCAGGACUACAGCAAUCACUAGGCCAAUAAAAACUGAAGUCUGAAUGUGUCGAACUGCAUUGUUACAAUCAAAACAAGUUUUUAAGGCAAAGUUUUGUGUUUUCAGUAGUUUUUAUGUAGAGCACACAAACAUUUUAGUCUCGAUUGGAAGAAUAGGUUAGAAACCCUUUUUAUGAUGAUGACAGAUUGUUGUUGACUUCUGACAUCGUGACUCUUGACCAUCUUGGCCUUGCUCUUUGUUUUUUUUUUAACAUUACUCUGUGUGAGAGAAAUGUCAUUUUCAUGGUGUUAUGGGUAAGUGAUGGUAAGUGGUAUCUUUCCAGUAAUGACUGAUUCUCUUAUGACAUGUUUGUCAUUUUCAUAUUUACAGCGCACGGGAACUUUGACACAUUUACAAACUUGUUGAUUUAUUUGACAGUUUAUGAGUGAGUACUCCCUCAACAUCUUAUUCAUCAAGUUGCUUAAUGUCUGUACUUUUUUUGUAUCAUAUGAAGUUUAUGAAAUGCAUGGAUAAGUUUUGUCAUGUUGGAGCUGUUUCAAAAUAACUAAAAAUAUGUGAGAACAUUA